AUGGAAGAAGAUAACCAAUUACUCAAUAAUGCCCGAUAUCGCCAGUAUGCUACUGCUAUGGAUAAAGCUCUUAAGAGCUUUGAAUCAUCCAGUGAAUGGGCAGAUUUAAUAGCCUCUUUAGGCAAAGUCAUCAAGGCUAUACAAUCCUAUCCAACUUUUACAAAAUUACCACGCCGCGUAGUCAUUGGUAAACGUCUGGCUCAAUGUCUCCACCCUGCAUUACCUAGUGGUGUUCAUUUAAAAGCUCUAGAAACUUAUGAUGUCAUCUUUCAAAGAAUCGGAAUAGAACGUUUAGCUCUAGAUUUAUUCAUAUACAGUGCUGGCUUAUUUCCAUUAUUAGCUAAUGCAGCUAUGCAAGUCAAGCCCGUUUUAUUAGACCUCUAUCAAAAUUACUAUUUACCGCUUGGUAAAGCCUUACAGCCUGCUUUAUCAGGUCUUUUGCUAGGCUUGUUACCCGGCUUAGAAGAAGGUUCCGAACACUUCACUAGAACAAAGCAACUAUUAGACUCAUCUUGUAAUAAGCUCGGCGCAAUGACAUUUUUUACCGGAAUUUGGCAAUGUAUUACUUCUACACCAACCGUUAGAUUGCCAGCACUACUGUAUAUGACAUCCUGCAUUGAUAGACAACGGCCUGCCAGUGAACAACUGUUCGUCAUUGGCAAUGAUACAUCGGUUGUGGUUAAUGCCGUCUGUCUUGCAUUGCAUGAUAAUAAUAUUCUGGUUCAACGCAACAUAUUAGACUUUUUGAUUACCUUCUUUUUAUUUCAUACAAACACUCUACCUGAUAAGGAUGCUGUUGCUAUCCUAAAGUCUGCAUUAAGUGUGUUACUUAGACGAGAUAUGUCUUUAAAUCGAAGAUUUUAUGCUUGGUUGCUUGGCACUAAUGUCAAUGCAGCUAUUAUGAAAAGCAAUAUGGGUUCUAAUGAAGACUCUGAUGGUCACACAUCUUGCGUUGAUCCCGAUACUUUGAAUAGCAGGUAUUUCAGUGCCUACAGUAAAGUAUACGUUGUAGCUGCUGUCAAAGAAAUGCUACAUGACAGCUAUAAUUCCGUAGUUAGCAGCAAAGGGUGUAUUACUACUGCUGAACGUAGUGGCGUCUUGGGAUCAUUUCGUGUUGUAUUAAAUUUACUUGAUAAGUCUCAAAUAGGUACAUUAGUUGUGGAAGAUAUUCUUAUGGAUGUUUUACGAUUUCUUUAUCACGUACAUAAUUUACUAAGAUCAUACCUAAAAGUAAAUGAAAAUAAGCAAUUGGCUGAUAUACAACGUUGUCGAUCGUCUGGUACGACGCUGCAAAAUUGCAACAAUUUAGCAGACGAGGUUAUCAAGAGCGCUAAUUUAAUAUUUAAUACCUUUGAGCCAUACUAUUUAUGGGAUUACUUAGGCAGAGCAAUACAUUCUUGUACUAGUCAUAGUACGUUAGAAAGCAUAUCCAACGAUCAGGAUAGUUGCGAAUCAAUUCAAAUACCGAAGAUAAUGGAUGAUUCAUUAUUUUACGAUGAAUAUUUUUCCUUGGAUCCUGAUAAUGACGUUCAAACCUUAUACUUGCCGCAAUUAAUGUAUAUGAUAAUUGUGGAAAUGCAUAGAUCCUGCUGUAAUAUAUCAUUUUUAGAAUUAAACUCCGGAAUAGUAUUAUGUUCCAAGUUACUCAAUCAUAUAUUGCCU